AAGGCCAGUCAGUUGUUUUCGAUACUCGCCGCCGCUAACAUGGCCCACCGUCGCCUUCUGGCCGUGAUUUUGUCACUCUUCCUGGUGGCUGUUCUGGCCACGGGCUCCCUCCGCCGGAUCCCCAUCCAGAGAUCCCCCAACUUCAAGCGGACCCGGGCAGCUGUCCGGGCGGAAAUGGCCUACAUCCAGAACAAGUACAACAUGGACGCCGUCGCCAAUGGAUAUCCCAUGGAGCCGUUGUCCAACUACGACAACUACCAGUACUACGGAAACAUAAGUAUCGGGACUCCCCCUCAGUACUUUAAUGUCCAGUUCGACACGGGCUCCUCCAACCUGUGGGUGCCCAGUUCCCAGUGCCAGAGCUUCGCCUGCAUCAUCCACAUGCAGUACUACAGCAGUCAGUCCAGCACCUACCAGAGCAACGGCACCGCCUUCAACAUCACCUACGGCACGGGCAGUGUCUCCGGAUUCAUGUCCCAGGACGUGGUGACCGUCGCAGGACUCUCCUCCACCAAUCAGAUCUUCGGCGAGGUGACCACGGAGAGUGGUAGCAACUUCCAGAGCGCCUACUUCGAUGGAAUACUGGGCAUGGCCUUCCCCUCCCUGGCGGCCGACUUGGUCACCCCGUUCUUCCAGAACCUCAUCAGCAAUGGAGAGGUGGAACAGCCUGUCUUCUCCUUCUACUUGCGAGACAACGGCAGCAUUGUGAACUACGGCGGAGAACUCAUCCUGGGCGGCUCGGAUCCCUCCCUCUAUAGCGGAGAGCUCACCUAUGUGCCGGUUAGCUACCCCCAGUACUGGCAGUUCUACACGGACGCGAUCCUUCUGGGCAACACUCUGAUCAGCAUGGGGGAUGUGGCUAUAGCGGACACCGGCACUUCGCUCCUGGUGGCUCCCCAGACCGAAUACGAAACGAUUUCCAGUCUGUUUGGCGUCGACUCCGAGGGACUCUUCGCCUGUGGUACCAUCAACAUGUGGCCCAACCUGAACUUCAAAAUCAACGGCGUCUUCUUCGAGGUGUCGCCGGAGUACUACAUCAUCCAGGACGACUUCUACUGCUCGCUGGCCAUUCAGAGCUCCAACCAGCAGUUCUGGAUCCUGGGCGAUGUCUUCCUGGGACGCUACUACACGGAGUUCGAUGUGGGCAACCAGAGAUUGGGCUUUGCUCCGGUGAACUCGGCCAGUUCUCUAGGAGGGAUGGGUGCAUUGGUCUUGUUGCUUAUGGCCUCUAGCCUUUGGAAACUGCUGGAAGAUUAAUCUCUCUGAUUGUUGAUUGAAAGAAAUAUGUAUUCUCUCCAAAAUGUCAUUUAAAUGAGUGCGAUUCUAAUCAAUUUGAAUAAA